GGCCAGGAAGGGGUCAACCAGGUAGACCAGGCCCUCAGCCAGGUCAGCCAGGUCAGAAUAUGCCACAAAUGGUUCCCAAAGUUCAAAUGCAGACUGUAAACCAAGUGUCAGGCAUGAGACCAAUGUACACGCCACAAAUAAGUACAGCUCCAAUGACGUCAGUCAGUAACGCCUCAUAUCAACCCCAUCAAAUGACCUUCAGAAAUGAGAACAACAUGGCUUCCACAAAACUUAUCUACAGUAUGAUGGGUCAGCAACAACAGCAGCAGCAACCGAUGAAUGCACAAACAAUGGCACAAUUAACACAAGCCAUGCAACAACAUCAGCAAUACACCAGCAACCUUCCAAAUCAACAGCAAAUGCAGGUGACAUCUCAGCCGGUUCAGCAACAGCCUGUCCAUGGACACCCUGCAACUGUUUCUGCUAUGAACCAGUCGCAUCCUUCUCCUCAGAUGGUUUCUUCACAACAUGGACAGCAGUCACAUGCUGUAUCAUCCACAGUGUCGCAGAUGCAAGCUCGCAUGCAAACUGUGCCAUCACCUGCUAUGAGGACACCAGCAUCGCAUCCUUCACCUGCAACCAGUCAACCUAUUAUUCCUUCACCAGCCUACCAACCAACUCCGUCUCCAGCUCCUGGGAUACAGCAUGGCAUGACCCCUUCCCCACAACAGCAUAUGAUACCACAGUCUCCUGCCACAUCAUCCGUCCCGACCCCAGUAACUCUAAAUGUUCAGUCACCUGCGUCAAUAUUAAACCCAGCUUCAGUUGGACCGCCAGCUGCCAGCCCUGCUCCAUUAAGUGCAGCAGAAGAACAGGCGUACUUAGAAAAGCACAAGCAGUUAUCAGUGUACAUAGAGCCCUUGAACAGAAUGAUUAACAAGAUGAACAGAGAUCAAGGUAAAUUUGCAGAGCACAGUACCAACGACCUGAAGAAGUUGAAAAAUUUCUUGGAUAUCUUAACAAAUCCUUCCAAAAGACUUUCACUAGCUGUUUUAGAAAAGUGUGAACAAGUCUUAAAGAAAAUGAAUCUAAAGCCUCCACAACGAACAACCACCCAAACAGCAUCACCAACAACUGCAACACAGAGCACUGCGGUAGCAAAGGCCAGUGCCGCAGCCCUUACAGCAUCCAACAAGGCAUUUCCUUCGUCCGAAGACCACCCCCAGAUUAGUGGUCAGGCACUGUUUGAGACUGUCGUCAAGCACCUUAAGUCACCCUUGUUUUCUCAUACUUUGAAGAGGACAUUCUCGCCUGUAGUACAGUCAAUGGAAGGCCCUCCUAUCUGCCCUCCCCCACCACCCACGAAGAAGAUACGCCUGACUCAAGUGACCCAGAAGAAGUGCUCUCUACCACACACUCUUCAAGGUGAACUGGCAAGACUUUGUGAUCGCUUCACCAUCAAACCAGAGAUCUACACUGGUAAUAGCCAGAGGUCUACUUUACUUAGGUGUUCCAUACAUGAUGAAUUUCUGCCUGCCGUUCCACCAAUAGAGAUUUCAGUACCGCAAAACUACCCGCAUUCUAGUCCAGGAUGCAAUGCUAAUGCAUAUGAGACAACACCAUUUCUUCUCAAGAUUCGUAGUCAAUUACUGUCAGAGUUGAGAAGAAUGCCGGGAUUUUAUUCAGUCACUUCUCUGUUAGGUGCUUGGGAGGCAAGUAUAAGAUUAGCAUGUAUGUCUGAAGUGGAAGUCAAAUAGACCUUGGAGGACUGUUCAGGCUACAGAUUACAAUCUGGUUAUAAACAGAUG